ACUUCACUCCAUCCCCUACCUGCUCUCGAUCCCUCAAACCUCGCUGCAACCAUGGGCAUCGGCAGCAAUAUAAAUAGCCAUCAACAUUUUGAGGCCAAAACCAUCCACAUCCUCUCCUUCUCCCGCUCGGCAAAGCACGGUCUAGCUAUGAAGAUGAGCACGAGAGGCCAGCCAGCAGAGGGUCACCUGUGGCUGGUCUUCACCAUGCUGUUCGUCACUUCUGCGGUGCGCAGCGUGGGGGCGAGCAGCUUUGCUCCUCCACCGUCUGUCUCCGUAUCAUCCCCAGCGUACGAUCCUGUUAUCAAGGUGGUAGGGAAGGUGUACUGCUACAGAUGCUUCGAUGAGGCGCACCCAGAUGAAUCGCAUGGGAAGAAGCACCUGCAAGGAGCCAUGGUGAAGGUUACUUGCCAGGCAGAUGACCAAGCGCUAGUGGCAUUCGGCUACACCAGAAGCAACGGCAAAUACAGCGUGGUCCUCAAGGGACUGCCGAUUAGUAGCAGCAGCAGCAGCAACUACGGGGCUGCUGACUCGUGUAAGGUCGAGCUACACGGAGCGCCAGGAGGAUCGGACUGCAACGUGCCGAUCGAGCUAAACCUGUCAGGGCUCAGCGUCUACUCCCGAUCAAGCGAGGAGGUGGUCUUCAAAGCGAACCAGAUAAUGGCGUUCGCGUCCAAGAACGCGUUUGGCUGUUCAUCGAAACCACAGACGCAGUCGUCAUCACCGGUUCAUCCCUACUACAGCUCCCCACCACUCAUCCCUCACCAGUACCCCUCGCCUCCGGUGCCGGCGGCUACCCACAGGUCUCCACCACCGUUGCCGUUGCCGUUGCCGUUGCCUUAUCAGUAUUCAGCACCACCACCAGCAGCACCUGCUGCUAACCAGCUUCCAUCCCCAGCGUACCAGUACAUUUCGCCACCGCCUUACCAGCAGCAGCAGUCCAUGCUUCCCAAUAGCUACCAGACUCCACCACCUCCACAGGGCACGGAGUCUCCAGUACUACAACCCCGCAAGUAUCUACCACCUCCAUACUACUACUACAACUCUCCACCAGCACCACAACACCACCAGCACAGCUACGUACCUCCACCACCGCUAGCUUACCAGUACCCUCCACCUCCACUCAUCCACAAGUCGCCGCUUCUUCCAUCGUCGUCACCAGCGGCUCCAUACCACUACAACUCUCCACCUACCUACCAGUAUCCACCACCUCCGUAUAGCUACCAACCUUCGCCGCCACCUGCCGGCCUGUACUCUCCACCAUUAUUGCCUCCAAAUGCUCCGGAACACCUGCAUCCAAAUGUCCCCCAUGCGAAAUCUCCACAGCCGCCUCUCCACACCCCACCACCUCCGAACGGUGCCGUGCCGUCGCCGUCGCCGACGACACCACCUCUGCGCUACUACACAUCCCCGCCGCCGACGGACCAGCUCUCUUGAGCACGAUCAGCUAGCACCGGCCUGUGCUAUUUAAUUAAGUGACCAUGCAUGCAUGAGCAGACAAACGAAACAAGCUGAAGCCCAUGUUGAGAAUCUCAAGAUUGAAGGAGCGUCAUAGCCGGAGCCUUCAGAUCCCAUCAGUAAUCUAUAUGUAGAGUCUGCCUAUUGAAUUAUCUAGAGUCGUUGCAACUUCCGUUUCAGUAUAUUUCAAUGCCUAUAGCUAUUUCAGCGUUGUAACCGUAAGCUAAAUGAGCUUUCUUAGUAGCUCUAUCAAUCCAAUAUAUGGUGUGUUAGUGUGUGCUCCUUGCGGCUAAAAAAUCCAGCCCUCUUGUUUCUCACUUAUCAUUUGUCAAGAAAAUGGAACGGAUCAGAAAUUCAGAAUUCA